AUGAUUGUUGUUUUCCUUUGCUUAACACAGGAGACUACAACGCAUGACAACAAGUGUGAUGAUUUUAGGGGAACGUCUGCUUCAACUGCUUUAGCUUCUGGUAUAAUUGCUUUAACUCUACAGGCAAAUCCUAACAUUACAUGGAGAGAUUUACAACACAUUAUUGUAUUGUCAGCCUCACAUGAAAGACUAGAAAACACCGGACAACUUCAGAAAAAUGCCGCUGGGCUACAGUUUGAUUCUUUCUUUGGAUUUGGAUUAAUGAAUGCUGCAAAAAUGACACUUAUGGCAAGAAAUUGGACAAAUGUACCACCACAAAAACAGAAGACAGUCAAAGAAGCGCAAUUGCAGAUACGGUUGCCUCGUGAAAAUGUUAUACGCACUUACCUACAAGUUGACCCAUGUGCUGUCAAUAAAGACUGUAUAAACAAUUUAGAACAUGUGCAAAUAAGUCUAAGCUAUACAAAACAGCAUGACGACUUACUUGACAUUGAUCUUUGUUCACCACACCGGACUUGUUCUCAGCUACUUAGUCGCAAAGAAAAUGUGAAUCGUAAAAAAAACUUACGAGGAUGGAGAAUAUGGAAUUUUACGUCAGUUCAUUUUUGGGGUGAAAACCCUGCAGGAAACUGGACACUUGUUGUCAAUAUAAGCCAUGCCAUAAAUCAAAAACAACUAGAGGUGAAGAAUUUAGCAUUAACACUUUUUGGAACUGCCAGUCAACCGUUUAAAUCGUUUUAUAAUGUAACUGAAAAGAAUAUAAAUGAUAAGACUGAUUUCAGUGACAGUAAUUAUGAUCAUGACGAGGAUUUAAUAGAUGACGAGGAAGAGAUCGUAGUAACUGUGAAUGAAAGCUACAUAUCUUAUUCUACUCGUAUCAUAAUUGUCUUAUCUAUAUGUGCUAUUGCUCUGUGCGCUAUUGCAAUUUUCCAUUUUUAAAAAAUAGGCGCCAUCAGGCUUAGAUUUAUUAAGAAACUUGUUGACGUUUAAUACAUGGGUUAAUCUCAAAAGAGCAUGGUUUUGCAUUCAAUGUAGAAAUUAAUGUAGUAUUUUAAUGUAGGAUUUAAUGAAGAAUUUGAAUGUAGAAUUCGUUACAAAGACUACCAGAAACAAUUAUUUUUCUUAAUUCUAACAUAGAAUGUCUCUUUUUUAUCAACACACAUGUAUAUUACAUACGUCAACAGAAUAAAAUGUUUUGUAACA